UAAUGCUAAUAGUUAGCGAUGGGGAGAUCUGAGCUCUCAAGCAAGAACUGAUCUUUACUCCAUUCCAAAGAAAAAGUUGUCAUUUUGUUUAUUCUUUUUUACAAAGAAAAACGGAACAGGUGCAACUCACAGCUAGAACCAGACCAAACUCCCGACAGCAGCCCUCCCACCUCCCACCCAACUCAAAAAUCCUCCAAUCAUCAAAACCGCGCCUACGAUCUGUAGUUUUUUUCUGCAGAUCUGAACUGAGCCCAUUUCAUUCUCCCUCUUCAGUUUUCAGAAACUUUUUGUUUCUUGAAUUUUGAUGGAGAAAUGAAGAAGCUCAAGAACUACUAUCUACACUUGAAGCAUCCUCAGACGAUGGAACGGAAAUGGAUCUUUCCGUUAGCCAUUGGCUCUAUAGUUUCACUAUUUCUUCUCUUUUUAACCACCUUAACUUCCCUACUCCUCUUCCUCAUCCUCCUCCGCCGCCGCCUCCAUUUUUGUUGAGUCGAAGCUCAGACCUCUUCCAAUUUCUGACCUCCCUCCGCCGCCGCGCUUGGCCUACUUAAUCUCCGGUUCCGCCGGGGAUGGGGCAAUGCUUCGCCGCACACUCGAAGCUCUCUACCACCCAAAUAAUCAGUAUGUUGUACACCUCGACGCGGAGUCUUCUGCCGAGGAGCGACUCGAUCUGUAUAAUUAUGUGACUACCCACAUAACUUUUCGGAGAUUCAAGAAUGUUCGGAUGAUUACUAGGGCUAAUUUGGUCACUUACCGUGGGCCUACUAUGGUGGCGAAUACAUUGCACGCGGCUGCCAUUUUGUUGAAGGAAGGUGGGGAGUGGGAUUGGUUUAUUAAUCUCAGUGCAUCUGAUUAUCCACUGGUUACUCAAGAUGAUCUGCUCCAUACAUUUUCGUACUUGCCACGGGAUCUUAACUUCAUCGAUCAUACAAGUAACAUUGGCUGGAAAGAGUUCCAGAGGGCGAAGCCGAUUAUCAUUGAUCCAGGGUUGUAUAUGACAAAAAAAUCUGAUGUGUUUUGGAUUACGCAGAGGAGAAGCGUGCCGACUGCGUUUAAACUCUUUACAGGAUCUGCUUGGAUGGCACUCUCUCGGCCUUUUGUUGACUACUGCAUAUGGGGAUGGGACAACUUACCGCGAACUGUUCUCAUGUACUAUGCAAACUUCAUUUCUUCUCCUGAGGGAUACUUCCACACUGUAGUUUGCAAUGCCCAAGAGUUUCGGAAUACCACUGUGAACAGCGAUCUGCACUUCAUAUCAUGGGACAACCCUCCUAAGCAGCACCCACACUACCUUACCCUUGAUGACAUGCAAAGAAUGGUGGACAGUAAUGCUCCGUUUGCUAGAAAGUUUCAUCACAAUGACCCGGUGCUGGACAAAAUUGACGAAGAACUUCUGUUUCGGGGUAAGGACAUGCUUGUUCCUGGUGGAUGGUGCAUAGGAGGUCGUGAAAACGGGACUGAUCCUUGUUCUGUUGUGGGUAAUACCACGGUUCUCAGACCUACCGCUGGUGCAAAGAGACUGGAAAAUCUUGUAACCUUUCUUUUAUCAGAUGAUAAUUUCCGACCACGGCAGUGCAAAUAGCAGAUCUUGUUCUAGAUGGCACCAUUUCUAUGGCAGGAAAAGUAGAUGGCAGCAGGGGAUAAGUAUUAAAUUUUUUCGGUUAGAAGAAAGACGACUUAGAGCUUGAUUUGGACUCAUGAUUUUCAGCUCAAAGUUGUAUUCGCUGGGAGGAUGAUGAAGUUACAGGAUGAUGGACCUCCGUUGGCCUUGUAUUAUGGUAUAUCUCUGAUCUUGUUCUUUGACCUGUAAUGACCUUCACUUGUCGUUACCUGGUCAUUUGAACUCCUCUUGCGGGAACAGAGUAAUCGACCAUGAUAUGGUGCUGGCAGAGAGGCAAAUUUUAGGAGGGAUGGAGAUGAGCUUUUGUUCUGUUCUUAUAUCACAUUCUUCUGCUCACUAGUUUUGUUCUAUUGGAUUAGUUUUGAGCUAGUAUAUUCAAGUAUUACCCCCAAGCCUUUUCAUAUGGUGUACUAUGGAAAUGCUGAGAAAUGAUUCCAGUGCUGUUCUGGACAGAACUGAGCUGUACCAGCUAGCUACAGAGAUGUACAUGAACAGAUCACUGUUGCACUUGCUUUGAUUUUAUCUAUAUCCACUUGUAUCUGUUGGCUUAAUCCUCAAAUUUAAUAUUAAUGGAUAAUUACAUUUACA